GGGCGGUAGAGAGCAGUAGAGGGCGCUAGGGGGCAGUGCAGACUCGUUCCUCGUGUUGUGGCGCACUUUCCCCUCCGCAGAAGAAGACAGUUGGAUUUGUUUUGGUUUUGCGCUUUGUCACGGGUCCCGUGUCACCGGAGCAAAGGUCCAGAGCUGCACUUUUACCUCUUCUCUGCUCAUUUGUGACAUUUAGACAGAGCGGGACACCUCCUCCUUGUCCUCCGCGCUUCGCCACUCCUUCCCCGGCCGCCGCCCCCGUGAAGUCGCGUUAUUCCAGCCCAGAAACAGGCCCAGGAGCUCGUUAGCCACAAGCUAACGCCUGUCUGCUGUUACUCAUGUCCUCGGAAGAAGCUCUGGGUUCAUCGUUUACGGACUGGCUGUUUGUGAACUCGUGGUGGCUGCUUCUUCCUUUCAUCAUGCUCCUGGUGGUCGUGGCCUUCAUCGUGGCGUUUGUGCUGCUUUUGUACAUGAUAUCUCCUCUAAUCAGCCCCAAACCUCUCAAACUCAACGGGGCCCAUGUCGUAGUGACGGGGGGAUCUAGUGGAAUUGGAAAAUCCAUUGCUAUCGAGUGCUACCGACAAGGAGCUUUCAUCACUUUAGUGGCACGAGAUGAGGCAAAAUUGCUUCAAGCUAAGAAAGAAGUGGAAAAAUUUGCCAUCAAUGACAAACAGGUGGUGCUGUGCAUAUCAGUGGAUGUUUCAAGUGACUACCAUCAAGUGGAAAGUGUAAUAAAACAGGCUCAGGAAAAGUUGGGGCCUGUCGAUAUGCUUGUGAACUGUGCCGGCACCUCCAUCUCUGGAAAGUUUGAGGAAGUAGAUGUGGACCGUUUUAAAAAAAUGAUGGAGGUGAACUACCUGGGCAGUGUUUACCCCACACGAGCCGUUAUCACCACCAUGAAGGAGCGCAGGAUGGGUCGGAUCAUGUUCGUGUCCUCUCAAGCGGGACAAAUAGGGCUGUUUGGAUACACGGCGUACUCUCCUUCCAAGUUUGCCUUGCGUGGUCUGGCAGAAUCACUGCAGAUGGAGAUCAAACCGUACAACAUCUACGUGACGGUCGCAUAUCCGCCUGACACCGACACUCCUGGACUAGCUGAGGAAAACAAGACAAAGCCUCUAGAGACAAAAUUGAUCUCUGAAACUGCUGGACUUUGUCAGCCUGAGCAAGUGGCGAAGGUCGUUGUUCGGGAUGCAGUGCAAGGAAACUUCAAUAGUUCAGUAGGUCCAGAUGGAUACAUGCUCUCAGCCCUCACCUGUGGAAUGUCACCCGUCACCUCCAUCACAGAGGGGCUUCAGCAGAUUGUUACGAUGGGUUUGUUCCGUACCAUCGCCCUCUUCUACCUUGGCAGUUUUGACAGCAUUGUGCGCCGAUGCAUGAUUCAAAGGGAGCAGUCAAAAGCAGCAGACAAGAGGGAGUAACAUCAGCCUUAGCUUCUCUGUAGCUUCCUGCUCUCCUUCCCUUUAUAGUUUUUGUACUGUUUGUCUAUGGCGGUGGAGAAAAGGCCAGACUUACGCAUUUCAGUGGGAAAGAUAAACAUGCUGGGUUCAGACUUCAUUGCUUUUGUGUUCUGAGACCACUGUUCCUCUACUGUUCAGUGCUGACUAUAUGAAGAAAACAAACACACCCCCUAAAUUUGAAAUAUAAAGACAAAGUAAUGGAGUUUCAUCUGUUCAAAUGAAAGAAAGGCAUUUCAUUUAGAUUUAUGUUUUGUUUUUAUAGUGUUUUUCUAACAUUUACAUUACAAAAAAAAACAACAUUUUUUUUCCAUAAUGAUCAAGUUCAGACACACUAAAGCAAUGUUGUUCAAAUUCUGCAUUUAAGUUUAUUCUGCUUCAACUAUUUUAAAUCUCCACCAUCUAACAGGUGAGCAUUCCAAUAUCUUUCUGCUUUUAAUGUGCUUUGUGUGGAGAGAUGAGGGCAGACUAAACGUCCUUCUUUGAAGCAGGUGGGCUUCAGUGAUGGUUCCGUCAGUGACCUCCCUUUUUCCAGCCCUACAGUGUUUUUGAUUUAAUCCUCAAAGAGCAGAAGCAACAGAUGUCUGACCGGUUGUGCCAAAAAUGGCUUGAAAGUCUUUCCCACCAAUAUAUCACAGUGGAUAUAUUGUCACUAGGUCCACAACACUAGGUCCACCUAGUAAUUUAGCAGUUUUCUCAAAAAGUCUCCUUUGUACCACAAGUCUUUGCAGGCAAAGCAUCUUCCCAUUUGACUGAAUAACUUUGCUGUUUCAAAGUUUUGUUAUUGUGCUCUGUGAGUGAAAAAUAGAGGUCUGUUCAAUUAUAUCAAACGUGUUUGAGUGUAUGCCUUGUUCCAAAACAAAUUUAAUCAAACAAAAUGCAAAAAAUUAUCCAAAAUAUCACAUUUCAGAUGCAGUGUAGGACCAAAUAACUUUGGGGAAUCGUCUACAUGUAUGUACUGUAUGUGUGCUUCGUUUGCUGUGACUGAGCCAACCCCAGGGAAAAGAAAAGCCAUUGUAUUUUAUAGUCUCUGGUUAAGCGCGCCAAAUUAUUUAAAUCCUACUUUGUUUACAUAAAUUUCGAGGCAGAUAAAGUGAUGAAUAUUAGUACAAAUAGAGAACACCAGCAUAGGUGGCAAAGGUUCACUUCAUAUGUGUACAUUAUGUGUACAUUAUGUGUAAGCAUGUUGUGUUCACAUGUUGUUCUAUGUAAAUGCACACGCGCAGCCACCUGUGUUCCACUCACAUGUUCUGGGGUGGCAGGAGAUGGACAAACUCGCUGGUUCGAGUUGUUACUUUUCAGACUGACUGGGGGCGCUAGAGGCCUGUUUAACCUAAAGCUCAUGGUCAUGGGCAUGAAUGAAAGCUUGAAGAUGCUUGUACACCUUGCACAAGUCUCUUGACACCAUAACAUUAGACCACUAUUCCCUUGUGAGUUUGGUUAAGCCUUGAAUAUCUUUUGUUUGCUCUUGUUUUACACAUGAGGGUAAAAAGUAAUGGCUCACAGGUCUUCCAUUGAUCCAUCACAAAAUGGGAAUGUACUUUAACACGACACAAAUCAGUCAAGAGGAAUUGUAAUGAAAACUACACAACUAUUUAAAUGCCAAAAUGUGUUAAGACAAUUUUCUGUAAAUGUGAUGCGUUGUUUUGAGAUUUUUUCAGAUGUUGCUGCUUUGUUUUCUUAGAGGUUAGUUUGUGAAAUCUGUGGAGGUUUUUGGGAUCCAUUCUAAGCCUUAAAACUACUGAUAACGCUACAAGAAUGGACCUAUCCACAGAGCUACUGGUUUACCUGUUCAUUUGUUGACUUUUUCAAUGUAAACUGCAAACUGUUUUUGUGUAUUCUGUGAAACGUAGCCUUAACGGUGUCCAACAUAUGAAAGUGAGAAUGAAUGAGUCACCUGUGAUGAAGUUCUCAUUUGAUAUUGGCAGGAGGCUUCAAAAGCUUUUCAUAAAGUUUAUUGCUUUUACUGUUCUUUUCUACUGAGGUAGCGACAUAUAGUUUCUAGAAAACAAUGUAGCCAUUUUAGCAGGUUUUAUUUGACACCUUUAAGCUAUGCAAAUCAAGCUUAUUCUUGUGUUAUAGGAACAUACUAUUUAACAAUCGCUGUUCUAUAUUUCUGUCAUUGUCAUAGGUGAUAUGCAUUCAUUAGUAUUGAAAGUCACAAUGCAUAGUUCAUUUAAUCUAGCGUAUGAUUAUUUUAAUGUUCUGCCAAAAAAAACUUAACACAUUCACCUUGUGUGCCAUUGAGAGACAGUGUGAGAAGUUGUUUCUUUGUCUUAUUUUCUUAUGUGAUAAACUAAAUAAAUUUGUGAAGACAAUA